AUGCUAUCUUUCCUUCAAAUUUUGACUCUCUUUAGCCUAAUCAUUCCACUCUACUCAAGCCCAACUCCACUUCACUUCAUAAAACGCCAUUCUUUCCAUAAAAACGCCAUCAAUUCUCAGCCUCAACAGUACUUUCAAGUUACCAGACCUCUCCCUUUUGACAGCCUAAACACAUCAUGCACUCUUCCAAUCGUCACUCACAAUUUCAGCAACACUUAUGGUCUCCCCCCUGUUUCAGUCCCUUACUCACCGCCCCUCAACUGCCCCUGGACCGACGUCGUUUUGGAGAUCCAAGUCUCCUGCCAGGGAGAACAAUACGAUCGGAUUGCCGGAGUCUGGCUCAGCGGCCGGGAGCUGAUCCGUACAAGCACGGCUGAGCCGACUGAAGAUGGGAUUUUCUGGGUUGUGCGUAAAGAUGUCACCAGGUACUCCUCUCUGUUAGCUCAAGAAAACUUGACGCUCUCAAUGAUGCUUGAGAAUAUUGUUAAUGAUUACUUCACUGGGGUUUAUCAAGUUAAUGUUACUUUCCUUUAUUACGAUACUUCCCCUCACCCUGCCCCUGCUCCGGCCACAGCCCCGGCUCCUGACCCGGAUAGUUUUGAUCCUUUGAUUGUUAUUCCUGGGGAGGAUGAAUUUUACUACCGGACUAGUAGGAAAUUGAAAUCUGUGGAAUACCCUUUAAGUUUUGAGGUGAAUUAUGAAAAGGGUUCGUUUGAAUUAUAUGAUAGGCCUGCUGAUUUGAUUCUUCCGAUUUCUUCCAGUGGAAUUGAUGGUUUUUGGUUUAGGAUUCAAAACGAAUCGGAUAUUCACUCUAAGAGGGUGGAAAUCCCUCCGAAUACUUAUAGAGCUGUGAUUGAGGUUUUUUCUUCAGCUCAUGGGGAUGAUGAGUUUUGGUACUCUAAUCCUCCUGAUGCUUACUUAUUGAAUGUGGAGGCAAAAGAAUCUGGGUCAAAGCGAGGUCAUGGUGCUUAUCGUGAAGUCUUGGUGAAGAUUGAUGGGGAUCUUGUGGGAUCAGUUGUACCCUUUCCAGUGAUAUUUACAGGGGGAAUUAACCCUUUGUUUUGGGAACCUGUGGUAGGCAUCGGAGCAUUUGAUCUUCCUUCGUAUGAUCUUGAGUUGACACCCUUUUUAGGUCUGCUUCUUGACGGAAAGCCACAUUCUUUUACUUUUGAAGUGGCUGAUGGUAUCUCAUUUUGGCUUGUGGACGCAAAUUUGCACCUCUGGUUGGAUGCCGGUUUGAUGGAAGUCCAGGCAUGCAUUGGUUCUAGUGAACCAGAAUUCACUUUGGAACGUGAAUCCAAGUUUGAUGGGCUUGGUGGUAAGUUUGAAGUUGAGGCUGAGAGGAAAGCUAAGAUUUCUGGGUGGAUGAACAUGGCUGCUGGCUAUUUUACUACCUCUUUUGAGCAGAAAGUGAAGUUGGAGAACACUGUUAAGUAUUACAACAAUGGUUUGAGCAAAUUGGUCGAGCAGAAAGUAAAGGACAAGAGUGAAUUCACAAUUAAAUCUGGCAAUGGUGAAGUGAUCUUUUACACCAGCACUAAAAGAGAGUACCCUUUGAAAUUGAACACUGUAACUUUGCCAGGGAGGGAGGAGAAUACUUAUCAGAUGACAACUAAACUGGAAACUUCCAUAGAGGAGAAGAAGACAGUAGGGGAAUCAUCAAGCACUUUAAAGGAUAGACAGGAGUGCAAUGGGUGGAUGCUAGUCAAGGAUCACGAUGUUCUUUCUGGCGGAGCGUAUACUCACCAGAAUUACAGUUUUAAAGACGCUGCUAAUUGCUACUCACGGAUUGUUGUCGCAGAGAAUGGUGCCGUUCUUGGUGAUAGUUCUAGCUUGUUAUGUGUACAUUCAUUGUAA